AUGUGCACUGGGGAGUUCAUGGAAGGGGAGGCUGUGGGAAACUACCGCGUGGAGAGGGCACUUCCGACAGGGACUGUGGGUCGUAGCUUCCUCGUUAGUGCCACUGGGAAGGAUUGGCAGGUUGUGGCCCCAUCGAAGCUAAACAGCCCCACCAAGAGGCGUGUCAAAUGUGUUUUCAAAGUGGUAACGUUUAUUACACGCACAGAUCUCGUAGAUUCUGUGGUGAAGGAUCAUAGAGCUCUCACCAAGUUGAGCCAUGAAAACGUGCUCCACAGUGUGGAUAUGCUUGAUGACGGGAGAGGAGAAACACUCAUCUUCGUGACACCAUUCCUUGAAAGGGCUUCUUGUGAUCAUCUUGUGACAGAGUUCGAGAGCGAGGAGAAGUUGCUUCUUGUUUUACACGAUAUUGGUGUUGGUCUUCGCGUCCUCCACUCCCACAGAAUAUACCACCGUAACCUGAAGUUGGACAACGUGCUCAUUAGGGGUAAUGGUUCGGCCUGCAUAGCUGACGCAGGUUUCGCACACAUUUUUGCCGCGCAACGCUCUGAGGAUCUUGUGUUUAAUGGUGAGGUGGCAUGCAUGCCACCGGAGGUGUUUGUAAGGAACGAUAACGGAGCCACGGAUGCUGCAAAGGCGGAUAUCUGGGGCUUUGGAGUGCUGAUGUAUCGUCUUGUGUAUCAUCGAGAGCCGUUUGACAUAGAGGGCAAGACCUACGAGGAGGUGCGCCAGUGUAUACUGUACACGCCUAUUGAGUUCCCAGAGCUGCGCUGGCCAUUUGCAAACGAACUCAAGGAAGCUAUUCAGUGGUGCUUAGACCGAGAUCCAGCAAAUCGGCCCACCAUCAUACGCUUGCUGCGUCACUCUUUCUUCCGGAACUGUAUGGCGCAGAGUAUCAGCGCGGGAAGUACACAUCUUGGCACCGCUGGAGUCUCUGGAACAGGUGUGUGCAAAAAUAGUGCAAAAGUUGCAAGCGGUGCUGUGGAAGCGGCAUUCGCACGGAAUCAAUGGUGUAACAGUGUGGUGAUAUGCGCCACACUUGGGAAAGGGCAUAACUGCGAAACGCUUCUCGUUCAUCAGCGUCGUAACGCAUCGAAAAAGUUCGUUGUAAAAGCAUUGAGGCAUUCUAUACUAAAGAAGAUUGAGAAGUCGCAAGAUUCAAACACGAUACGUCAUGCGUUAGUCGUCUGCUGUGAGAUCCGUCACAUUUCUUUGCUACCUUUCAUGGAGAUUGUGGACGGCAGAGAUGGGUGCUUCGUCUCGCAACCAUAUGUGGAGGCAGAAUUUCUCAACAAGCAUUUUCCUCCACUCGCCAACCACAAGAAUCAUCUGUUCACAGUACGCCGAAUGCUUUUAGACGUCCUCAAGGGUCUCUACAUAUUGCAUAAGAAUGGUGUUUCGCACCUUAGCCUUACACCCUCGAGUAUCUUCUUUAAGGAAGGUGUGGGCUUUGUCAUCAUCGACUUUGGUCCCCUCUUCUGCACGGCAAAGGAGGCUGCUAGCGGCGGUGACGACGGCGGUCCGAUGUAUAACGUCCCGUUAUGGGUCCUCGAGGACCUCAAGGCGUCACCAGCAAAUGCGCAGCACUGCAUAGAUACCUUCUGCGUCGGGCUGUUAGCUGCUUCUGCGGAACCAUCCGUGCUUAAAGAGGCGUGGGACAUAUUUUCCAAGCGGUCCCGAGAAAAUGGUUUGGUGGAUGAUGUUAUCAAGAAGGUUUCGAGGGCUGCAGAUCGUUUGUCACGGCCGCUUGUGGAUUUUAUCUUGAGUGCGCUAACUAGAAAGGCGACUGUGAUUAACAUGCUGAGUCAUCCGUAUCUGGCAGAUGGUGUGGAUAAGAGUGGACUUCUUGAAAUAAGGCCGUUAAAGAUAUCGCAGAAAAGUAUGAAAAAUAUUGUGCAUGAAAGGUUUCACUCUCGUGAUGAGUCCCGCCUACACGAUGUGCUGGGUCAAGACCCGAUGGCGGAAAGCGCCUUGCUCAGUAGUAUGAACCUAAUGGACUCGUUGCCAGAUGACGGCCACCUCAGUCCCUCAUUCCAUGUGGACCCGGAUUUGUGCAAUCGGUUACCGUUCAAAGACAAGAUUAUCUGCGGACUGUGUCGUGUAGAGCUGCCGAUUGUGUUGUUUAUGUGCAUGAAAUGUGACGCAUAUCUGCGCUGCGGAAAGUGUUCCCUUAAUGAUGCGCACAAGGCAGGUCACACAAUGCAGCCAUUCCUCAUUCAUACCAUUGAAAAUCGCGAAGAUGGUACGCGUGAGGCCAUUCUCCUCCCACCGACCAUCAUUAAUGACACACACCCGCUAGAGGAAAUAGAGAUGCAGGCAAACCUGCCAGUAGGAGCCCUUACCAAAUUCCUUAAGCCGGACACAACUGUUGCUGAACGUUCUCUUGGACGUUUAAAGAUGUCAGGGCCGAAGAAACAGAAAAAGAAGGCAUUACCAAAAGCCUCUGAGAUCGAAGAUAUUUCAUGGGAGGAGGAAGUCAGAAAUUGUCGUGAGAAUCAUUGUCCAGAGUUGUUUCUGUCUCGCCUCAAUCUUGGUAUCGUACCAACCGAGGUGUAUGACCCGCCGCUCACAUACGUGGUGAGCGUUGAUCUUAGCCACAACAAACUGAAAAGUAUUCCACAUGAAUUGUCCUUUUUGCACCACAUUCGGAGUCUUAUUAUUGCAAACAACGAACUGACGGAACUUCCAGACAGUCUAGGCAACCUCAGUCAGCUUGAUCGCCUGGACAUAAGUCACAACUUUCUGGAAGAUCUUCCACAGACGUUUGUGUACUUGCAUCAACUCAGUACUAUCGCAAUGGACUACAACAAUUUUUCUGGCAUUCCGGAGAGUAUAGUUGAACUUGUCAGUGCCACAUCUCCACGACCGAUACUCUCCGUGAUAUAUUUAGCAGAGAACCCUCGAAUUUCCAGCUUGCCCCCAAAAGAGUUUCUUUCGAUGUUCCCCACCUUGAAGCUGGCGCUUGAUAAUGAACCCACCGUGCACAAAACGUAUAUAGAAGGAAAAUAUGAAAAGACUCUGCCCAAUGUCAGCAUGAUGUGGAACAAAAUCUACCCUGACCGUAUCGUCAAUCGCGUUUUCUGUGGCAGUCUUCGUAGUGCACAAUCGCAGUUGGUGUACGAAAAGCUUGGAAUUAUGAGUCUGCUGACGGUUGGUAGGGGUCUUCUCCCCACGCCUCCGAUAGGCGGGGAGCACCUGACCAUCAACAUCGACGACAUUGAGGGUGCUGAUAUUGCCGGUGUCUUUUCAGAGGCGGUAAACUUCAUCGACAACAGCGUCAGGAAAAAGAAAGGGUGCCUUGUACACUGUUUUGCAGGUAUGUCACGCUCGGCGGCCACCGUGAUUGCGUACCUUAUGAUAAAGCAAAACAUGCGUCUCGACGAGGCGUACUGUACCACGAAGCGGGGGCGUCCUGCCAUUUACCCCAACCAUGGUUUCUUUGCUCAGCUAGUUAAGCUAGACGCAGAGCUCUUUCCGAAUCAAAGACUGCUGGAUAUGGCCUCGAUGGAGAGGGAUAAGGUGCCCAUGGGGUAG